CCCGCCCGCCCCCGGCCGCUUUGCGGGACUUCCCGGAACGGGGCGGCGGGAGGCGCUGACACGUGGCCGCGGCUCGGCGGGGGGAGGGAGCCGGCGGCCGCCGCGAUGUGAGCCGGCGGAGGAGGAAGGCGCUGCCCGCAUGGCCGCGGGUGGCGGCGGCAGGAAUGUGCCGGUGUGCAGCGCCGAGCACGGCCCCCGGGCCGCGCAGCUCGACGGCAUGAGGAGGGAUGGCGGCGGGGACCCGUACUGGUCCAGGCCCGAGUCCCGCGUCUGGACGGUGAUGUUGCUGCUGGGGACGUGCCUGCUGUACUGCGUCCGUGUCACCGUGCCCAUCUGCGCCGUCGCCCUGAGCACCCACUUCGACUGGGACAAGAAGCAGUCCGGCAUAGUGCUCAGCAGCUUCUUCUGGGGCUACUGCCUGACACAGAUUAUCGGAGGACAUAUCAGUGAUCAAAUAGGAGGGGAGAAAGUCCUCCUCCUCUCGGCAUCAGCCUGGGGGUUCCUCACAGUCCUCACCCCGCUGCUCACCCACGUCACUUCUGCCCAUCUUGUUUUUAUGACCUCCUCCAGGUUCCUCAUGGGGUUGCUGCAAGGGGUGUAUUUCCCGUCCCUGGCCAGCCUGCUGUCCCAGAAGGUCCGGGAGAGCGAGCGAGCCUUCACCUACAGCACAGUGGGGACCGGCUCGCAGUUUGGGACGCUGGUGAUCGGCGGUGCGGGAUCUCUCCUCCUGGACUGGUACGGCUGGGAGAGCGUUUUCUACUUCUCGGGGUUUCUCACUUUGCUCUGGGUUUACUGCACCUGCAAGUACCUCCUGAGCGAGAAAGAACUCAUCAUUCCUAUAGAUUAUUUAAUGCGAGGCCUCUCGAUAUCCAAGCAGACCAAAGUUCCCUGGAAGCAGCUGUUUAAGAAGGCACCGAUAUGGGCUGUCAUCAUCGCUCAGCUUUGUACGGCCAGCACGUUUUUCACUCUGCUUUCCUGGCUGCCAACUUUCUUUAAGGAAACUUUCCCCGAGUCAAAGGGUUGGGUGUUUAAUGUAGUCCCCUGGCUGGUUGCAAUUCCAACAAGCUUGUUCAGUGGAUUUCUGUCCGAUCAUUUAAUCAACCAAGGGUACAAAACCAUCACCAUUCGUAAGUUCAUGCAGGUCAUUGGCUCCGGUGUCUCAAGCAUUUUUGCUUUGUGCCUGGGCCAGACAUCCAGUUUUUGCAAAGCGAUAGUGUUCGCCUCUGCCUCCGUUGGACUUCAGACCUUUAACCACAGUGGCAUUUCAGUAAACGUACAGGAUCUGGCCCCCUCGUGUGCUGGCUUACUGUUCGGUGUUGGGAAUACAGGUGGAGCCCUCCUAGGUGUCAUUUGCGUGUACUUGGCUGGCCACCUGAUCGAAACCACUGGCUCCUGGAUUUCUGUUUUCAACCUGGUGGCUGCCGUUAACAGCAUUGGCCUCUGUGCAUUCCUCAUGUUUGGAGAGGCCCAGAGGGUGGACACAGACUCUGCGUAUAUGGACCUGUAGAGAUGAGUCCAGCGAGCAGCCGAAGGACAGGAGAGUGUCACGUCUACGUGUCAUUGUCGCACAAGUGCCAAAGAACAUUUUCUUUUUUUUUUUAGGCGUUUAACAGGAAAAAAAUAUACUGAGACCAAGCAGGUAAUGGGUCCAAAUGAAACCCAUGGGUGAAAAGAAAGCUAGAGUUCAUUUUUUGCUCAGGGCAUAGCUGAUGGCCUGUAGAGCCACCCAGCUCAACACCUCCGGUGAGGAUACAGCCCGUGUGACCGGUUUGCCCCAGUCUGUGUCCAGUGGACAAAUAUCUGUGUGGCCAAAGCGGCUUGCCUCCGAAGGAGCCGCGGUUUGCACGCUCUGCCCUGGAGCAGUCGCUGGCUGAGGGGAGCUGCUUUGCCCCGCCGGGAGCGGGUCCCUCCAUGCUCUGCCGUCCCGUGACUGCAGCGAGGGUGGCCGGCUCCUGGCUCCCAUGUGACACGUGCGUUCUGAAUCCUUUCUGAUGAAAGGAAUCAUCCAAACGAAUGUACCUCUGACCUUAACCCUCCCUCGCGUGCCUUCAUUUUGCAGUCUGCUCGGCAGGUACAAGCCGGGUGUACAAGAGAACGGGUUGUGAGAUGGAUUCAAGGCUUCCCGUCAGGGGAAGUCUUCUGGCUGGAUGUCUGCUGCGGACCCAGGGGCAUGAGGUUGCAUCAACACUGCCUUCACCGCGCUUGAGCUGAGCCAGAAGGUUGUGGAGCGGACUGCCCAAACCAGCUGAGCCCAUCUCUGCUCCGGGGCAGAGCUCAAGGGCUCCCUCCUCUCCUGGGUCGCUUUACUCCAGCCCUGAGCCAAGGCAGACUACCUCCAACGUGAGAGCAGAGGAAAGCUGCAGUCACCCGUGGUCGGGCUUAGCUGGGCUGACCUCGCGGUGUAGGUGCAGCCGAGGAAUCCCCCGGGAGCUGUUUUGCCAUGUGCUAUGAAUGUAUAGGAAGAAGAGGUCACCUCCUGUGCUAUGGAUCCAUACCCCCAAAUGCUGCUUUCUGCUUCAUUAGACGUGUCCUCCACACGCUCUCAAAGGCGUGCAAGAGACUUUCCAAAGAGCUUGCAACAAGCAGGUUUUGUUUCUCCUUUAAGCGUAAAGCAAAUUUCUGCAUUGGGGAUCCCUAGUGCUGGGUGUGGAUCCUUGCUGUUCCCCGUGUGAGAGGGAAAUACUCAGCUGUACAUGCCUCUGAGCCUGAAUGUCUUAAGUUAUUUCUAAAUAUUUUUAAAUUUAAGUACCAAAUUCUAUAUUUUAUGUACUUGAGGCCUGAUUCUGCAUGCUUGUUUUGAGUGGUACUCCCACCAAACCCCAAACCCCACAGUAUUUCUAGAAGGAAAGGAUUUACCAGCCUACAGUUUCUGGUUUUGUAGGAGCUAUUUUAAAUGCGACAUUUCGUAUUAAAGCAAUUCAUUGCUUUUCCUCCCACCCCUUGCUUGCAGCCUGAAAGGGUCUCUUUGAUUUCUCUAGUGCUUACCAGAAAACUUCAGCUGAGACUUGGGAGCAGAUUUCCCAAGGGACCUCGCUGUGCAGGAAAGCUGUAGGUUCUCAUUCAUUGCCCUUGAAAAAAAAAAAAAAAAUUCCUUGCUUCUCCUUUUAUUUUGGCCAAAUUUCUUCUCUGAAGCUAUGUGGGAACCGUGUUAAAUUUGUGACUGACUGGGUCUGCAGUGAAAAUACUGACAGCCUUUUAAUUGCAGAGGCAUUAAUGGGUGCUACUCAGCUAAGCUGAGCUACUUAUUGGAGGUAUUAAGAGAUAAAGAUGCAUUGCCUGAUGUCUUCGCAAGAGAAUAUGGGAUCAGUGUGGCCUGACUGGGGGCCAAGGAGCUAAGAAAGUAAUUUUUUUUUCUCCUUUUGUGCUUUUGUCUCUAAAAGGCUGGCUGCUACCAACCCUGUAUCUGGGGCGCUGCCGUGCCGCAGAGCCGGGACACAGGAGCGCUGCUGGGAAGUGUUUUAAACCCAGCGAGUAAAACGGGGAGGGCACACACAGCAAACGCAAACCAGGCUUGCCGGAGAGGCCCGAGGCCGUGCAGCCAUCUCUGCCAUCUCUCUUGUCCCUCAUCCAGUCCGAGCAGAUUGUUUGCACAGCCUUUUCUAUAGUGACGCAGGAAAAUGGUGGAUUUGGGUUUUUUUUUUCCCCCGGCUGUUCGGCGUUGCAGGUCAGGAGCACAAGGAGUGAAUUCUGGUUCUCUUUGCUGGUCGCAGCAUUUCUUGUGGAAGAGUUGAUGAGUUUAAAUCCCUCGCAUUGAAACCAGGCAGUUCAGCCACCCCUUGGCUCUGCAAGCCGGGAAAUUUGGAACUAAAAGAUCUUCACAGGAAAGUCAGCGUUGCUGGCUGUGCCUUUUUUGUAAAUCCAGCUAACGCUUCGGUGGGCUGUCUGGAUUAUAUGUCUCAGUAAACUGUCUAAUGAGUUAAAUAUUUGAAGUACAUUUGAGGCUUAGGUUUCAUUAUGUCCAUACCUCUUUGGUGAAGUAUUGAAGCCACCUUACAUAGCUGUACUACUAUUUGUUUAAGCAACCUUGCCAAAGCUUGCUGUCUGAGAGUUUUUGUUAGGGAAGGACCUAAAAAAAUAAAGGCAGCGAAUCAUUUGCGCACUGUCUGAUUUUCCUUUGAAUGCGGAGGUGCUAAUUUGCGUGAUCAGACAGAGCUCAAGUAUAUUUAGUGUGAUUAACUGCUCAGGGCUGGUGCGAGAGGACGGGGAGGCUGUGCUGGGGGAAUAUCUGGGUUGGCAGAUUUUCACAGCAACCUUGUGUGUACUCGUACGUCGGACCACAGAGCACAUCCAGCUACAUCUUCCCACUUAUUUUGGAAAAAUGACUGAAAAGCUGUCUUCAGCAGAGCCGUGGUCAGUGCAGCACCAGGGCACACGGUCCCGUAUCAGUCAUUAGAGCAAUAACACAAACGAAACAAGCCCUCGGUGAGGUGGGACAGAUUCCCUUCCACCUGGAG